CGCUCGGCCAAAAGAGUGAGAGGGUUGAACACAAAGUGAGAGAUCGGUGAGUAAAGAGACUAGAGGUCCACUUGGAGCGAGGCCGUGCGCUGGUUUCUGGAGUUGUGUGGAACCCCAUCCCUCGGAGGACUUGACACCCACCACAGAACCAUGUACAGUGGAUAUGGAGGGAGUCCAUCCCGAACCCUUUCCACCAUGUCGCUGUCUGUUCGCCCCGCCAGGCGCCUCAACACCAGAUCCAUCACUAGGAGCCAGAGCUUCGCCGGAGUCAACACCUACGACAAGACCUACAGGACCUUGUCGGUGUUCGGCGCUCCGGUUCUCAGCAGGAAGCCCAGCAGAGCCAGCAGGAUGUUCAUCAUGUCCAAGGCCAACCCACCGCCUAAGGUUCCUCAGCCGGAGCGACUGGACCUGGUCUACGAGGCCCUGAAGAAAGGCCUUAAGUCCUACCUGCAGGUCCAUCAGGUGGACUUGGACAGCCUCAGCAGACAGAUAAAAGAAUCCAAGAGGAACUCCAGACUGGGUUUCCUGUAUGAACUGGACAAGCAAGUGAAGGUGACGGAGAGAUACAUAAGACGACUGGAGUUCCACCUCAGCAAGAUCGAGGAGCUGUAUGACGCGUACUGCCUCCACCGGAGACUCCGGGACGGAGCCAGCAAGAUGGUGAAGGCGUAUACGGCCUCGCAUCUCAGCAAGGAGGCCCGGGAGAGUUUAGCAGAGGCCAACAAAGGAUACAAGGAGUACACAGAGAACAUGUGUUUGCUGGAGAGCGACCUGGAGAACCAGCUGGGAGAGUUCCACAUCAGGAUGAAAGGUCUGGCCGGAUUUGCUCGAUUAUGUUCCGGUGACCAGUAUGAGAUCUUCAUGAAGUACGGUCGCCAGCGGUGGAAGCUCCGCGGCCGAAUAGAGAUCAACGGAAAGCAGGUGUGGGACAGUGAAGACAUGGUAUUCGUGCCGCUCGUCAGUGACUUCCUGUCUGUGAAGGUGACGGAGCUGAAAAGCUUAGCCAAUCACGUAGUGGUAGGGAGUGUUUCCUGCGAGACCAAGGACCUGUUUGCCGCCCUCCCCCAGACGGUUGCCGUGGAUAUUAAUGACCUCGGGACCAUUAAACUCAGCCUGGAAGUCACUUGGAAUCCAUUUGAUAAAGAUGACCAGGGAUCAGUGGCGAGCACCGUCAACAAAGCUCCAACUGUCAGCAAGAGAAUCUCCACCAUCUUCAACCAGAGUCCUCCUGACACGCCAUCUUUACGCGAACAAGCCUUCUACUCUCUGCCUCGAGGCGUGAAUAUGCGGCAGCACUGGCCGCUGCUGGACAUUUUCAGAGACACGCUUAGCCAGAGCUGCUCCUGUCGCGACAGCUCGCCAACCAGACCGCCCAGUGCAAACAUGCUGCGCCGCCACGAAGAGGUCGACAACGGGACCGCGUGGUCCAAUUCAUCAGAAUCUUCCGAUGACUCCUCCAGUCCUCGGCUUUCUGUGGGGGGGCUACGCAACUCUACACACCACAAGUCGGUGGUGGUAACGCCAGACAUCCAGCCAGCUGCGAGCGGGAGCUCCUCCCCGCAGCCCGACAUCUCCUCAACUCCAAACUCCACCCACAAAGUCAGCAACAUCAGGGGGGAUCCCAACACAUCCAGAAACCGAACGCAGAGCGACAGGGAAGAGGAAGAGGGGGCGGUCACUGUGAUGACUAGCCCUGACGGCGAGGAAGAUGACGCAGGGAAACAGUCUUCCACGAUGGCAGAUGGGGCGACGACCAUCGGCCACGCCUCCCGGAGCUUCUCGCGGUCUCUCAGCCACAUCAGCGAAAACAGCGCCGACGGUGUCAUGGUGACGGACAGGUCAGCCGACUCCGGGGAGGCAAUGUCUUUGGCCUCGGGGCUGUCCGUCAACGACAUCGAGAUGGAGCUGCCCGGCAGAACUCCGCCCAGCGGCAUCGCCUCGGACUCCGACAUGUCACAAACCGGGCUCAUAACGCCCGACGACGUCAAGGAUCAGCACAGGAAGCAACUAGACACAUCCGUCACCGUCCCGUCACCCUCCCCUCCCAGGACUAAAGCAGUGGACUCUAACACUCCAUCACAGAUGAACACACACCCACCGCCAGAGAGCAACACGCGCCCAGAGAGCGGCGACGUGUCCUACAUAGCCCGGUGGGUGGUGGUGGAGGAGGAGACUGCGGCGGCGGGAGUAGACUGUCUAUCCGGAGAGGGAGACGGUCUGGUGGACAGUGGGCUGGAGGACGCCCUCACUGCUGUGGUUUCCUCUAUGGAUGAUUACCGAGGACAGUUCCCCGAGUUACAGCUACUGGAGCAAGAGCUGCAGCUGCUGCAGGUCACACUGAAGGGCGGUAGGCACAGCCGGUUGCCCAGCGUGGUCAGCCUCACCGUGGAAACGGCUCUGUGCAGCUUUGACUUCCUCAACACGUCUGACGGGGAGGAGGAAGAGGAGAAGGGCAACAGGAGAAAGAGGAGUGGCAGGUCUCUGCGGGACAGGGAUUGGACCAGCCCCACCUCCCCCCUCACCACAGGCAGCACCCCUUUAGAUCGCUGCCUGGUGGUCCAUCUGAAGAACUGCAGCACUCAGCUGUUGUGUCUGGGGAUGUUCGGCCCUCUGCGCUGUGGGGAGAUGUUCGCCUUGGACCGCCUGCUGAGAGAGGCUCGAGUCCUGGAAAUCAUCCGACGUGUUGCCACGGGCAACCCCAACCGCCUUCGACAGCCGGCUGACGUGAUACCACAGCUGGGCCUGUGCUUGGGCGCUGUGUCGCUAUGGCAACAGUGUAUGGGGCCGGGCAGCGUGUAUAGCGUGUCUGCUGACGGCUUCCUGGAGACGCUUUCCACGCUCUACACCGGGGUGCUGCCAGAGAGGGCUGGCAACAUGGCUGACACAGUGUUCCUGAGUCUGGUGGAGCGGGUGCUGGAUCAGAGGUUACCGCGUCGAGGCGGCAGCAGAGACGGAGUGAUGGUGACGCUGUUCCAGUUGUGGAGUUACUUAGAGGCCAACAGCAUUAUAGACAUGGAGACACUCAUCACCGAGCUAGCAGAAGAAGUGUGGCUCGUGCAGAGCUUGGCGUCAUGUGACCAGGAAGUGAUCGUGCCCGCUUUGCGGUGUCCUGCCGAGUGCAGCCUGAGGAGGGAGGGGCUUCACGCUGUGGCCAAACUACUGAAAGACCCGCGAGGCAAAGUGUCGGCAUCCGCCAGCUCCGUGCUGAGGAGCCUGGCGGCCCAGCCCCCCCAGAGGGAGCAGGCUCUGGUCAGCUGUCUGGAGCUGCUGGAAGACGAGCACGUGGACACCAGAGUGUGUGGCUGCAAGGCAUUAGCGUGUCUCAAGGCCAAAGAGAGCAUCGACCAGCUGGUGUAUCUUUGUCGGACGGACAAAGAUGAAGUGAGGGACGCUGCCAAGCAAGCGCUGCUGGUGCUCGGAGAGGAGGGGAAGAUGGCCUACAGACAUGUGGAGACGUCCCAGGACGGCAUCCCCAGACUCUUUGCUCCGGGGAGCAUGGCCAGCACCGCCUUCUAACACACACGCACACACACACACACACGCUCACACUAUAUACACUGUACUUCACACUGGGCAAACCUUUUACAGUCAGUAAGCUACACCCACACCGGUGUGUGUUUCUCUCCGUGUGCAAACUACUCAGAAGGAUGAAGAGGAUGCCAGACACAAAGCCAAACCUGUUCAUAAAGGUCUAGAGAGCUAUGUAUAGUCCCUUUGGCCGAUAAUUCACACUCUGAUGUUGAGUUCCUUGUUUUAGGGUGAUUCCUCUCCACGUGGCCCCUUAUAGGCCCAUUAAAUGAAAACCACUCCUGAUAGAUACAAGACGGCUCUAGUUUUGAACACUGGGACCAGCCUGCAGUGUGACCCAUACAUGAUCUUAUACAGAAAAUCAACAUUCAUCACUCAUAGAUAUGUAAUAUAUAAUAACUUUGAUACAAUAUGCUGGAGGUGUUUCCCCCCCCCCCCCCAAAUAUGUAUUUUUUUGGGUUUUCUGAGGUGGUCUUCGGGCUGUUUUUACUUGACACUCUGGUAUGUAGAACACACAACGAUGUAGUCUGGAUUCGGGACUAACAUGUCUCACAUCCCUUAAUGCCAACGGGACUUGAGUUACCUCAGAAGUUAACUUGAUUUUGAUGGCCUUAAAAUGUAGAGCUGGAUCUUUUUGCGGGCUGGCUGUGGUGACCACCACCAGGUUGCAGUCCAGACUGGUCCACACACGUAUGGUUUUGAUUCCGAGUGCACAUGGAACCAAAUCAAGACCCCGACCAGCGACCACUAAAGGAAGCCGGUGCCCUUUCAAAGUCCUUCUUACUGUUGUUUUUCACUGUUUAAAAAAAAAUCUUCCAUAGUAUUAGAAACAUAGUAUUUAUGUGGCAUACCCGAGUAGGACUGAGACUGCAAACCUCUGCACUCCAGGGUGGAGGAGCUGAAGCGGUGACCACUUCACUGGAGCAUAAGAACAAUGGGAUGGACUCAAACAGGAGGAGGCGUUGCUUUGUUCUCCUAAAUAUAGAUCUUCUUAGUGAGGUCACAGCGACCUUUUACGACCAAAUGGCGAUCACUUCACCUUGAAGGCGUUCCUGAGCCACGGCAUCCACCAGAAUGGGACAAAUGGGUGUAGAGAGAGAACUGGAACCGGAUUUAGAGGCGUAGCUUCGUUUAUUCAUAAUUGAAGGUUUCCUUGAAGCUGCUCGUUCGCAUGAAGGAAAGCAACUCUGGAUUCAGCCAUCGGUGCAUCUCACAUGAUUUAAAAGAGCACUAGGAAGUGGAUUUACCCUAAAAGAGAAAAUAAAUACAUGCUAAUGUACCAGUCGCUAAUGUACCAGUCUGCUUGAGCCCUGUGGCAUCACGUGACCUUUUUCAAUUGUUUUUAUAACGGACAGUGCACAUUAAUAAAUACAUUUCUGAAAAUGUGCCAGACUAGAAGCUAUUUUUCAUCUGUCGUCCCGAGAGGCAGACGUCAUAAAACAUGACCCAGAGGUUCAGGACUAACUAUCUUCAAAGGUCUUUCUGGGGGACGGACAAACUGAAAGACACAACAAAAGAAGGAAAGAUUGUCCUACUUCCAAGGCGGCGUCUGACUCGCAUCUGAAAUUGUCCGACAUAACUUGAGGCGUCAGCACUUUGUGUCCAGGCGUUGAAAAACAGAAACAUCAGGAAAUCCACCAAGAAUAUGGACGGAACCUCGAAGAUCUUUUUUUUUUUGAGUACUCGCCCCUCCUUAACGUGUUGCAUCACAGGUUGACUUGGGAGUGACCUGCAGGUCACAUGACUGUUGAUGGGCAGAUGGACUGCAUGUGUGGACUUGAUGGGAACAUAUAGAUUCAUGUGGAUAUAUAUAUAUAUAUUCAUUUAUAUAUAUAUAUUAUAAAUAUAUAUAUGUGUAGAUAUGUAUGUAUAUAUAUUCAUUUAUAUAUAUGUAUGUAUAUAUAUAUAUAUAUUAUUCAUGUGGAAUGCUGGCACCAGAUGAAAGGGACUCUGUAUGCUGUAGUUGUGCUUAAAGCUCUAGGAAAGGCGUUAAGUUUCCAGCGAUCCGGUGCCAUCACUGUUCAUAAUACUGACACAUCAUAUUCUUUAAGGAAAUAUACAUAUACAAUGACUAUACGCCACUGGAAUUCAAUAUUCUGUGAUUGUAAAUAUUUCUUCUAAAAUCUCAACAGACUUCAUGUGUGAAUGUGUACUUUUGUUUUAUAAGAUGUGUUUGUACGGUGGGAUCUAUUAAACGAUGUGUUGACAUCCUGAAAUGUUUGAAUAUGAAUAAUCAUAAUAGAAGUGAAUUUCUAUUCAAUGAAACUGGCCAGACGUGUAAUCCUAAAGUCUGGUCUCUGCCACUUACUACACAUCUUGUUUCUUUUGUUCCAUACGGACACUGCUGACCACUCUGCCAUGUUUAUUUUAUUUGUAUUUCCUGUGUCCCAUGCAGUUUGCUGAUGUUAUCAUGUAAACAUGUCGUACACAUGUGUGUCCCACUGGAUGAAAUAUGAUGCCUGCGGUGGUCCUCCAUCAACAUUUCAGAAUAAUAGUUUUCUCCAUCAUAAGCAUAUUCUACAUACUCACUCGGGUAGUUAGAAUGAAUGUAACACACAUCUUUUGUCUUCAAGCAGGUAUAUAUAUAUAUAUAUAUUUAAAUGUAUAUAUAUAUAUUUAAAUGUAUUUAUAUAUGUAUGUAUUUUGUGUUACGGUUACCUUUUAAUUUAAAGUGAUCUAUAGAACUACCCACAAAGGAGUUAAUGAUGUUAGAGAUAACAGGAUUUGGGUAUCAGAAUUGAAAUCAUUCUCUAUGAACUCUGGUUGUAAACUCGAAAUUAGUGUUCAGGGGAUCAUUUCAAAACAGAUAUUUCUCACUAUCCCUCUUCUAAUGUCACGCAUUAUGACUGAAAUGACAUUCAGAUGUUAUUUUAGAAGUGAGGGACAAUCAGAGGACUAUAUUGGGUUCAAUACUCGUGUGUGUAUAUAUGUAUGUAUGUACAUAUAUAUGUAGGUCAUAUAUGUAUAUUCAUAUAUAUGUGUAUAUAUACAUAUGCAUGUGUGUAUAUACAGGACUGUCUCAGAAAAUUAGAAUAUUGUGAUAGUUCUUUAUUUUCUGUAAUGCAAUUAAAAAAUAUUAAAAGAAUAAAAGGCUUGCAAUAUUUCUGUUGAUUUGUAAUUAAUCCAGAAUGCAUGACAUUUUUGUUUUUUUAAUUGCAUUACAGAAAAUAAAGAACUUUAUCACAAUAUUCUAAUUUUCUGAGAGUCCUGUAUAUGUACCACUCUCUGCAGCCAUACAGCAUAUCCAUGUUUCAAGUGCCUGGAGGUGUGAUGCAAUGACAGAUAAAUGAUAUACUUUAUUUAAGAAUGACAUUUAAAAAAACACUGCAGCACACUUUAGUUUCCUUUACAAUCAUGAUACAUUGUGCAGCAUUGAAAAUGGAAUAUUAUAUAUUUUUUCUUUUCUAAAAAUAUAUUUCCAGGCAUUCUGGUUGUCCAAAAUAUAUACAACAUAUUAAAAUGUUUUUAAAGAUUG